GGUUGAAACAGUAUGGCAGUUGUUUACUAACUGUCGGUACGACAACAAUUUGCUCCACCGUCUUUGCUAACAAUUCCUCAAUUAAAAUCACUCAUUUUUAAAUAAACAGUGUUCGUUUUACUAGUGCCAAAGUUUAGUUUUAAAAUGUCCAGUGACAGCGUCAAAAAUUUUACGGGAAUGGAAACUCCAGGUUAUGUAGGCUUUGCCAAUUUACCUAAUCAAGUGCACAGAAAAUCAGUGAAAAAAGGUUUCGAAUUCACCCUGAUGGUAGUCGGUGAGAGUGGGCUGGGCAAGUCCACCCUCGUGAACGCAUUAUUUUUGACCGACUUGUAUCCGGAACGAUUAAUUCCAGACGCCGUAGAAAAAAUGAAACAGACAGUAAAACUGGAGCCAUCAACCGUAGAAAUCGAAGAACGUGGCGUUAAGCUGCGCUUAACAGUGGUGGACACCCCCGGGUACGGGGACGCCAUAGAUAACACGGACUCGUUCAGCGAGAUUAUCAACUUCAUAGACGAUCAGUUCGAACGUUUCCUCUGCGACGAAUCGGGACUGAAUCGCAAGAACAUCAUGGACAACCGCAUCCAUUGUUGUUUCUACUUCAUUUCGCCCUUCGGACACGGCCUCAAACCGCUAGAUGUUGAAUUCAUGAAGCAGCUGCACAACAAAGUCAAUAUUGUGCCCGUGAUCGCCAAGGCGGACGUGCUGACAAAACGUGAGAUGCAGAAAUUGAAGAAGAAAGUGAUGGAGGAGAUCCAGGAGCAUGGUAUUCGUAUAUACACGUUGCCGGAGUGCGAUUCGGACGAGGACGAGGAGUACAAGGAGCAGGUGAGGCAGCUACAGCAGGCGGUGCCUUUCGCUGUGUGCGGCGCCAACACUUUGCUGGAGGUCAGGGGUAGAAAAGUGAGAGGGAGGUUAUAUCCAUGGGGCGUUGUGGAAGUCGAGAAUCCGGAGCAUUGCGAUUUCAUCAAACUGAGGACCAUGCUGAUCACGCACAUGCAGGAUUUGCAAGAAAUUACACAGCAGGUGCAUUAUGAGAACUAUAGAUCUGAGAGGCUGGCCAAGGGGGCACCAGUUUCCAAGAGAAACACAAUAACAGAGGACAAAAUGACGGUGAUAAGCGAAAAGGACCGAAUCCUGCAGGAGAAGGAGGCGGAACUGAAGCGGAUGCAGGAAAUGAUUGCCCAAAUGCAGGCAAAAAUGCAACAGAAGCAAUAAACGACAUAUCCUAAAAUAUUACGUAUUAUUAUAUUUUGUGUAUAGAUUAAUUAAUUUUAAUUAUUUUCACACGCUCAUUCUUUUACUUUUACGUACAAUUUUAGCGCGUUUUUUAUACAUGAUUAAAUUUAUAUUUAAAAAAAGGGUUUGACAUGCAUAAGGGAACCCUCGUUAGCUAGUUAAGGGGGUUAAUUUGUGAUAAACGUCCAAGAAAGUCUAUUUUUUUAACGACGACUGAUUUUUUCGAUAUGUGGAUCCUUGAAAAAUUGAAUACACGUGACUCGCUUUCCUAAUCGAUUUUAUGUGUUACUUGUAUCACAUAUUUUAUGUAAAAUAAAUUAUUUUUAAACCCAA